AUGCCGGGGAAGGACGUCGACGCGCCCGCAGCGGAGCCGAUGGAAACGAGCAGCGCGGGCGCUGGGAGCGGCGCGCAGGAGGCGCGGAAGGGGAAGAAGAAGAAGAAGGCGCAGCAGGGGGAAGGGGGGAGCGGAAGCCUUCCGCCGCACCUGGAGGAGCUGCGCUCGCGCGUGAUCUGCGACAUGGACGCGCCGAAACAGGUGCACGGCGGAGGGUUGAUGGGCGGGGACGAGGGGGGAAGAGUUGCGCGGAAGGUGCAGUGGUUGCGCGUAAGAGGAAGAGAAGCGCGCGUGAGGCAGAACGACCGUUGGGAAGGGCGUUGGCGAGAAACGGGGAAAUGGCUUGCCACGAUCGAGGGUUUAGACGAUAUGGCGCAGAGGGGUGGCUGGAGAGCCACGGCUAGGGCGUGGCACGUGCGGUGCAGGCGAGAUGGCACCGUGGAUGCUGGUGCUGAUGCUGGCCCCUCCUUUCCCCCCCUCCCUUUUCCGCGUCCCCUUUCCGCCUCCCUUUUCCGCCUCCCCUUUCAUGACCCUCCGUCCCGCUCCGCCUUUCCUCUUCCUCCUUUCGUCCUCCUGUUUCUCCUUCUCCACCUUUCUCCCUUCCCUUUAUUCGUCACCCCUUCCCCCUCGCCCUUUUGCAUGCACAGUUCUGAUCUGGCGUCUCACGCUCUGCAGUAUUUAGCGUCAUUCCUUACCACCUUCUUCCCCCCUUCGCCCCCCCCCUCCCCACUGCUGCAGACUCACGCGCUGCAGUAUUCAGGCGCCUUCGCCGCGCUGGGAGUGGACAACAGCAUGACUCUGGAGCGCUUCAGACGGGAAUUGGCGGUGGAGAUCGUGUCGCAGUCAGCGGACGGCCACGAUCUUGUCUUCGACCUCGUCGGCAUCGACGCUGCUCUCGCCAACGCCUUCCGUCGGAUACUCAUCGCUGAGGUCAGCACGCUCGUUGCUGAGGUCAGCAUGCUCAUUGCUGAGAUCAGCACUCUCGUUGCUGAGGUCAGCAUGCGCGUUGCUGAGGUACCAACGAUGGCGAUAGAGAAGGUGUUGAUGGCCAACAACUCGUCGCUAGUGCAGGACGAGGUUGUCUCGUGUGUGUCGGUCUUACUCCCUCAUUGCCCUGUUCUCCCUCUUGCCUUCCCUCCCCCCCUCAUGCAGGUACCAACGAUGGCGAUAGAGAAGGUGUUCAUGGCCAACAACACCUCUCUAGUGCAGGACGAGGUGCUCUCGCAUCGCCUCGGCCUCGUGCCCAUCGCUGUCGACCCCCGCCUCUUCGACUUCCCCUCAGGUGAUUCUCAGGUGGCCGCUCAGGUGGUCCCCAGGUUCCUCACCGUGUUUUUACCCCACCCUUCCUUUGUACCACCUUUUCUGGCAUCGCACCCCCCGAUCGCAUCACACGGUGCCAUGGCAUGGCAUGGGGACACAGAGGACGGCAUGGCGAGUGAGAGCAACACCAUCGUCUUCAAGCUCGACUACAAGUGCACACGCAACCCGCCUGCUGACGGCUCCAGACACGGCACGGUGCAGUCAAAGCAUCUGGUGUGGCAGCCCAACGGCAGCACCUACCCGCCCGACCGCCCCACCAAGUUCACCUCCUUUGGCCGCCCGCAGAGCGAGCUGCAUGACUUCGCCACUCGCCCCCCCGCCCCCACCUACCCCGACAUCACCCUUGCCAGGCUGCGACCCGGGCAGGCCAUCGAAUUGGAGGCGCAUGCAGUGAAGGGCAUCGGCCGCACGCACGCCAAGUGGUCACCUGUUGCCACUGCCUCCUACCGCAUGCUGCCAGAGUUGGUUUUGCGCAAGGCAGUGGAGGGGCAGAUGGCAGGAAAGACCUCUUGCACACUGCUCACACUCGCACACUGCCCCUCCAAUCCCACUUUCCCACUUUCCCACUCCAACCCCCCGCAUUUCCUACAUUCUCCCCCUGCCCCGUUCCCUCAACCAUCCCAGGUGGUGUUGCGCAAGGCAGUAGAGGGGCAGGCAUCACUAGUCCCCUGCUUGCACUCUCACACUGUCUCCCCCUGUCCCUCCCCCUGUCCCUCCCCCUGUCCCUCCCCCUGUCCCUCCCCCUGUCCCUCCCCCUGUCCCUCCCUCUGUCCCUCCCCCUGUCCCUCCCCCUGUCCCUCCCCCUGUCCCUCCCCCUGUCCCUCCCCCUGUCCCUCCCCCUGUCCCUCCCCCUUUCCCUCCCGCUUUCCCUCCCCCUGUCCCUCCCCCUUUCCCUCCCCCUGUCCCUCCCCCUGUCCCUCCCCCUGUUCCUCCCCCUGUCCCUCCCCCUUUCCCUCCCCCUGUCCCUCCCCCUGCCCUUCCCCCUUCCCCCUGGCAGGUGGUGUUCCGCAAGGCAGUGGAGGGGCAGAUGGCGGAGCAGCUAGUGGCAAAGUGCCCCAUGAACGUGUUUGA